CUGUUGUCUUACCUCAUGAAGCGAAAAGAAUAAAGAAACCUUAUAAGCUCAUAGACACAUCCAGCACAGUACCAUCCCUGCAGAGAGAGAAAAGAAGCCCACAAGAAACCAUUAAUUCAGGAAAACCUAGCUAGAAAGAGAGUUUCUUUGUCUGUAUUCCUUUUCAAGAAAUGGCAAAGAGGAGUUCUUGGUUCUUGAUUUCAGCUACAAUCUUGAUCUUGAUGGCGAUGGGCUUAUCAUCCACCGUUCAAGGAAGUGGGGAUCACCAUCUGGGGUGGAUUCCUGCCACUAGAUCAUCAGUCUGCAAGGGGUCUAUAGCAGAGUGCAUGGCUGAGGAUGGAGAAGAGUUUGAGAUGGACACAGAGAUCAACAGGCGUAUUUUAGCAACUACCAAAUACGUCAGCUAUGGUGCGCUUCAGAGGAACAAUGUUCCUUGCUCUAGGCGUGGCGCUUCUUACUAUAACUGCCAGAGGGGGGCCCAGGCUAAUCCUUACAGCCGUGGAUGCAGUCGCAUUACAAGGUGCAGGAGUUGAAUUUUAUUUAUUUACUGAUUUUUUUUACAAUUUUUUUGCCUUUUUUACAUUUUUUUUUUAAUGGGUUUGAUUGUCAUACUUGAGGGGAAAAGACAGGGAAAGGAGUCGGUGGUGUUGGGUCUUCGAUGUUAUUUCUUGAUGGAAAAAUUGUUGUCAUAACUAUAUUUGAAUGUCUUUGUAAAAGAUUAUUGUUAAGUAUUACUAUUAUUCUUUUUUUCU